GGUUUACUUGUCAGGUUCGUUCAACUGCUAUAACCGGGCAAAAUGUUUCGGAUUUCAAUUUGUUUUUCCCCCUUUGCCCAAACCCUAAAUUGAAGACCUAAAAAAUUCAGGUGCCGACUCCGGCGAGCUAUUCUCUUGAUAUCCGUUCCCGCAUUAUUUACAAAUCCACUUGCAUCGAGCGAGAAGACAGGAAGUUGCAGGAUGCAAUAUCUUCAGAGAAAACUAACCACUAAUAGGUCUUCAUUCAAAUUAGUCAAUCAAGUACUCCGCCAUUUUUAUUCUUCUGGCAAGCUCUUUGAUGCUGGGCAGCCAACCCCUAGUACUCAUCCUCAGUUGCUAAAAGAAGGCGAAAUUACACCAGGAAUCACUUGUGAUGAAUACGUAUCAAGGAGAAAAAGAUUAUUGGAAUUUCUUCCGGAACAUAGCGUGGCCAUUGUUGCAGCUGCUCCUGUAAAGAUGAUGACCGAUGUUGUUCCUUACACUUUUCGCCAAGAUGCUGAUUAUCUAUAUAUAACUGGAUGCCAACAGCCUGGUGGGAUAGCUGUAUUGGGUCAUGACUUGGGUUUGUGCAUGUUCAUGCCUGAACCGUCCCCUCAUGAUGUUACUUGGCAAGGACAGAUUGCUGGAGUCGAUGUUGCUACAGAAUAUUUUAAGGCUAAUCAGUCAUUUCCUAUUAGUCAAUUACCUAAGGUCCUCCCAAACAUGAUAAAAAACUGUUCAAAGUUAUAUCAUAAUGUGAAGACAGCUAUCCCAACUUAUACAGACUUGGAAGCAUUCCAAAAAGCUGCCUAUAAUGGUAGAGUAGAUGAUCUCUCUUCGUACACCCAUGAAGCACGAUGGGUAAAAUCAUCAGCUGAGCUUAAUCUAAUGAGAGAAUCUGCUUCUAUAGGUUGCCAGGCUCUUUUACAAACUAUGCUGCACUCCAAGACGUCUCCUUAUGAGAGUAUCUUAUCAGCUAAAGUUGAAUAUGAGUGCAGAGUUAGAGGUGCCCAGAGAAUGGCGUUCAACCCUGUAGUUGGCGGCGGGCCAAAUGGUAGCGUUAUUCAUUAUUCACGAAACGACCAGAAGGUCAAAGAUGGAGACCUUGUUUUGAUGGACAUUGGGUGUGAAUUGCACGGCUACGUUAGUGACCUCACACGGACCUGGCCGCCAUGUGGCAGAUUUUCCGAUGUUCAUAAAGAACUCUAUGCUCUGAUUCUAGAGACCAACAAAGAAUGUAUUGAACUUUGCAAACCUGGUACGAGCAUACAGCGCGUACACAACUACUCGGUUGACAAACUUGCUAGAGGACUGAAGGAGAUUGGAAUAUUGAAAGAUAACCGUCUUCAUAGCUACCACCAGUUGAAUCCAACUAGCAUAGGUCAUUAUUUGGGAAUGGAUGUGCAUGAUUGUUCUAAGAUCGGCUAUGACCGCACCUUAAAGCCAGGUGUUGUGAUAACAAUUGAACCAGGGGUAUAUAUCCCUCCCAAUUUCGACUGUGCACCGAGAUACCAAGGCAUUGGGAUCAGGAUUGAGGAUGAAGUCCUGAUUACAGACACAGGUUACGAGGUUCUUACAGGUUCAUUGCCAAAAGAAACGAACCACAUAGAAACCUUGUUGAACAACCACAGCUAUGGCGUGGGAACAGAGACUAGCAAGAUUUCUGCUUCGAGUUUUUGAAUCGAACUAGUGCUCUAAGCAGUCCUACACACCUAACACACAAUAUAUUUAGUUAAUUUUGCCAUUGUAUCUUUCGAUAUUAUCGGACGCCAAUUAUUAAAUCAAUUACAACUUGAAUAAGAUAUGACACCCGUCGCUACACAUUAUUAUUUAUAUGUUUGAUCGUC